GUUGCUACAAGCAUCGAUUGUUGAGGUGGUCAUAACAAAAGUGAAUUGUUUACUAAAUUCUUAGCUGUAAUUUUAGUAUAUCUUUCAAAUGACGGGCAGCGCACGUCAGGAAAGUACUUCAGGAGCGUUGAUGGCAGGCACCGAAACCGCAGAUUGGCAUCAUUGGUGUCGACUAUGUGCCAAAGAGCAUUCGGACAAUGUGAAUGUAUAUUUUCGAGAUGGAGAUCAAACAUGGACAAGCGUUCUCGCUGUGGCCAUUGGUAAAUACUUUUGGGUCAAUAUCAAAAUGGAGGAUGAGCUGAGCAAUGCGCUGUGCAAGGAAUGCUACACACUAGUAGAGGAUCUCAUUGAGUUUUCAGACCGUGUGAAUCGCGUACAAACUCUCUUUUCACGGUUGCAGCAGGCGGGAGCCCAAGCUCAUCUCAAAUUCGAUGACCUGCGGCGAGAGUGUGGUGUGUUAAGUGACGAGUGGAAGCACAUUAUUUCUAAGAAUGAGCCAUCAGAGGAGCCAACAGUUGAGGAAACAGAUGCGGAGACUUCUGAAUAUGUUGUCGAUGAUGUAGUCGAGUCUUAUGAAGCUGAAGCUGAAAUAAUGGCGGAAAUUGAUGCUUCCGAAAUAAUUGAAAACGACGAAAACGCAUAUGAUACUUACGAAGAGGCUGAAGAUACAACGGAAGAUGUGUAUUUGAAGGACGAAGAAUCUUCGCAGGAUGCAGCAUCGCCAAUGGAUCCAAAAGGUGAAGUAGAGCUUGUUGAUACUGAUGCCACAACAACAACCACAACAACAAUAACCACAAACGAAGAGGAAAUCAAGGAGAGCUCAGCAGAUGUUGACGAGCUGAGUGAGGUGCAACAAUUGGUGAACGAAGAGGCGUCCAAUGGACAGACCCAAUACAAGUGUUCAUCGUGCAACAAGUGCUAUAAGAAACCCAUGGCGUACAAGCGCCAUAUGGCUGAGGUGCAUGGUCUGGAUGCCACCGAUAUACCCAACCUGGAGUGCAAGAGGUGCAAAACCUUUUUCGCCACAGAGAAUCAACUAACUGCCCACUAUCGCAGCCACAUGCCGGCUAAGGAUAAGGCGGAUAAUGCGUGUAGCUAUUGCCCCAAACUAUUCACAACACCUGGAGCUCUUAAACGUCACAUUAUGUUUAUACACGAGAAUGUGAAGCCUUAUAUCUGUGACUGCUGCGGCAAAGGCAUGAAGACAAUCACAGCGCUCAAUGAGCACAAGCUGGUGCACACGGAUGAGUGUCCUUUCGAGUGUCCAGUGUGCCAGCGUCGCUUCAAAAACAUGGCCAGAUUAAAAAUUCACUCGGAUACACAUACGAAUAAAAAUUAUGUGUGCAACAUCUGUGGCUUGAAGCUCAACACGCGUCGCACACUCAACAUGCAUCAGCUGGUGCAUUCGGAUGCCAAGCAAUUCAAAUGUGAUGUUUGCGGAGCUGCCUUCAAACGGGGCAAGACAUUGAAGGCUCAUCUCAUUCUCCACACAGGCAUCAGGCCUUAUAAGUGCAACUUUUGUGGCAAGGACUUUGCAAAUGGCUCCAAUUGUCGCAUGCAUAAACGAAAAACACAUCCCAAGGAGUUGGCUGAGGAGGAAGCUCGUGGUGUCAUGCGUUCCACAUAUCUGCCCAUGAUCACCGAACUCACAGAAACUUCCAAGCGCGUCAAAAAGCCAGCGAAAGCAACCACGGCUUUAACACGGACACAAGUCACAGAAGAAAUUACAGAUGCGACAGAUUCUAUCCUUAUAGAAGAAGAUAUGGAGGAGGACGCUGAAGAAGAAGUUCUUUACGAAAUUGUUGAAGACUGUGCGUAAUUGGCACUGUUUUUGUUUCUAAAAUAUAUAUUAUAAAUGAAUUCAGCACUUUG